CCAGGCACUGUGUACCUGCAGCUAUAUGCACUAUUGACCCACUGCCUUGUGUGUUGGUCACUUUUACUGUAAGGUGCUGCUCAAGGAAUCAAGAAGGCCAAGCUCAGAUUAUAAUCCUCCUUGGGAACUGUGAUCCUUAAACAACAGCCGUGGAUUUAAUCAUCUUUGCAAACAUCUUCGGUUAAACCUCAGGCACGAGCCAUGGAUAUGCGUAUAGUGCUUCUGGGAAAGACGGGAGUGGGAAAGAGUGCCACGGGGAACACCAUCCUUGGCUCUGAAGGCUUUGCAGAGGAGUGCUCCCCUGAAUCUGUAACCAGACAGUCUAAAACAAAGAAGAGCAUUGUGGCAGGAAGAGCAGUACUGGUGGCUGAUACCCCGGGUCUCUUUGACACCUCCCUUACCAACGAUCAGCUGAGGGAAGAGAUUGCGAAGUGUGUGUAUUUGACAGUUCCUGGCCCUCAUGUCUUCCUGCUGGUGCUUCGGAUUGGUGCACGGUACACAGAAGAAGAACAGAAAGCCAUGCACUGGAUUGAAGAGAACUUCUCCAAAGUCGCCUUAAAUUACGCCAUGGUUCUCUUCACUGGUGGGGAUAAUCUUGAUGUAUCAGUAGACAAUUACGUAUCCAAAAGUCAGACACUAAAAAAGUUAGUUCAAGAUUGUGGGGGAAGAUACCAUGUGUUUAAUAACAAGCAUAGAGACCAGACACAAGUGAUCAACUUGCUGGAAAAGAUUGAUAAGAUGGUGAAGGUAAAUGGUGGACUGCACUACACAGAUAAGAUGUAUGAAGAGACCCAGAGAAAGAUUGAAGAGGAGAAGGAGAGGGUAAGGAUGGAGGAAGAGAGGAAACGAAAGGAGAAGGAGAGGGUGAGGUUGGAGGAGGAGAGGAAACGACAAGAGGAGAAGGAGAGGAUUGAGAAAACGAUGAAACAGCUGGAGAGGGAGAGGGAGAGGAUGGAGGAAGAGAGGAAAAGACAGAAGGAGGUGAUGAAGAAAUUGGUGGAAGACAGGGAACAACAGAGGGAGGCAAUGAAGAGGUUGGAGGAAGAUAUGAAACAACAGGAGAAGGAGAGGGUGGAGGAACAGAGGAAACAGCUGGAGAGGGAGAGGAAGAGGAUAGAGGAAGACAGGAAAGAACAUAAGAAGGCGAUGGAGAGAUUGGAAGAGAACUUGAGGAAGCAGCAGCUAGAAAAAAAAGGUAACGAUAACGAUAAUCCUCUGACUUUUGUAGGGAAGGCAUUAUUGACUGUUCCGGCAUUUGUCGGUGGUGCUGCAGUGGGCCUCGUCAAGUCUGUAGUGGAUGUUCCUGUUGGUAUGUUUAAUGGUGGUAAAGAAACUCUAGAGGAGUCUGGGCGUUUUGAUGUAGUGGACGUAGUUGGAGGGGAAUUAAAGGGUGGAGUUAAAGAGGUUGCAAAGGCUCCAGCUAAAGUCUUAGGUGGUGGGGUGGAUUUCGUUGAAUCUCUUUGGAGGAAUUGAUGUGUUGAUACACUGGAAACAUUACAACCUUACAAAACAUCCAGCCAGCAGAUACUUUUUUUUUCUUAAUCUUUUCAGCGUAUUUGUGCACAAAAUGCAAUAUGUUAUGUAAAUACAGUUGGCCUAUGUUCAGCAAAGGGGAAUUCAGAUUCCCAAGGAACCAUGGGCAAUUAAAAUGAUGUGCUGUAAUACCCUGCUAAAAAAAUAAUCAGAAAACCGAA